AUGUUUUUCCAAGGCGAGGGCAGCAUUGACAUCCCAGUCCAGGAUAUUAUUUCCUGGAUAUUCGACCAGGCACGAUAUGAGAUCGAAAAGCCAGUCUAUAUCGAUGCCUCCAAUACGAGCCGUUCCAUCUCGUGGCGACAAGCCCGCACUCUGGUGCGCCAGUUGGCCGCUGGUUUGCGAGCAGCCGGUCUGAAGGACGGCGAUUGCGUGUGCCUUCAUUCUUUCAAUGAUAUCUAUUACAGCAUCCUUGUGCUAGGCAUCAUCGCAGCUGGCGGAAUAUACAUGGGCACCAAUCCGGGCUAUACAUCCCACGAACUCGACUAUCACCUCCGAGUAGCGCAGGCCAAAUUCGUGAUCAGUGAUCCAGAGAUGCUAGAUCGCAUGAUCCCCGCCGCUGAGGGCAACGGCAUUCCGAAAGACCGCAUCUGGGCUUUCACAACGCGCGAGUCGCAGGUUAUAGCGACGACGGGACUCGCUCAUUGGACCGCCCUGCUGAACCAUGGCGAGGCUGACUGGCGCCGUCUCGAUGAUCCCAACCAUGCUAAAACGACCGUAGUAGCGAGACUCUUCAGUUCUGGCACUACUGGUCUCCCUAAACCAGUAGACUUUACCCACUACAAUAUUAUUGCGCAACAUACGCUGGUGUACGAUGCACACCCCGUCCCGUUUGAGACAAGUCGGAUCCUCUCUCUCCCCUUCUUCCACGCCGCCGCAGCCCCAUCUGCACACUUCAGCGCCCUCCGUCUUGGCGACCCAUCCUAUGUGCUUCGCCGCUUCGAGCCAGACCUCUUUCUAACCACCGUCGCUAAACACAACAUCACCGAAUGCACAGCCGUCCCGCCAAUUAUUCUUGCCAUCCUCUCCCACUGCACAACCCCGAAAUACUCCAACUCACUACAAUCCCUCAAAAUCGUCCGCUGCGGCGCCGCCCCACUAGACAAAACAACCCAGGCGCGCUUUCAAUCUCUCCUCGCCCCCGACGCAACCUUCACCCAAGUCUGGGGCAUGACAGAGUCCUCCUGUAUAGCGACCAUGAUACCAUACCCUGAAUCCGACGACACAGGGAGUGUAGGGCGGUUACUUCCGGGUAUGGAAGCGAAGAUAAUCAACACGGACGGGGACGAUAUCACUGCCCCGGACACUACGGGUGAAGUCUGUCUACGGGGACCUACCGUCGUGCGUGGAUACUUCAAUCUCCCUUCCGCCAAUGAGAGCGCCUUCGAUAAAGACGGGUUCUAUAGAACAGGCGACCUCGGGUACUGCGACGGCAAGACAAGAAAGUGGUAUCUGCUUGAUCGGAAAAAGGACAUUAUCAAGGUGCGAGGCUUCCAAGUUGCGCCGGCAGAGGUGGAGGGCGUGCUGCGGAAUCAUCCGCGCAUUCGGGAUGUCGCGGUUGUGGGGGUGUACGAUGCUGAGGCGAAGACGGAGUAUCCGAGGGCGUAUGUGGUGAGACAGGAUCAGUCACUACAGGAGGAGGAGGUAAAGGAGUUUGUGGCGCUGCGGUUGGCGAAGUAUAAAAGAUUGGAUGGUGGAGUGCGGUUUGUCGAUGCGAUUCCGCGGAAUGCGAGUGGGAAGAUUCUGAAGCGGUUGUUGGAGGACAAAAGAGAUGAGAAGUUGUAG